UAAUUUUCUUUUAAGGUUGAAUCAAACAUUUUAGUAUAUAAUUCUCGUUGGAUAGUUCGUUGUUUUGGUAUUACCAAAGAUCCAAAAACAAAUAAUUUUAUGAUGGUAAUGGAAUUAAAAAAUGGUGGUUUAAGACAACAUUUGAAUAACAACUUCAUUUCACUGAAUUGGAAACAAAAGUUGUGUAGUUUAACUGCUAUUUUACGUGGUCUUAGUGAUAUUCAUAUAAAAGGAUUAAUUCAUCAUGAUUUUCAUUGUGGAAAUAUAUUAAGCGAUUUCGUUGAACUUGCUUUUAUUACUGAUUUAGGAUUAAGUCAACCGGCAAAUAUCAAAUCCUCUCAAAAUAAUAAUAAAAAAAUAUAUGGAGUAUUACCUUAUGUAGCUCCGGAAGUUUUAAGAGGAAAAGAAUAUACUCAAAAAAGCGAUAUUUAUGGGUUUGGAAUCAUUGCAUAUGAAAUUUGUACAGGUUUCCCUCCUUAUUAUGAUAUAGCUCAUGAUGAUUUCUUAGCAAUGAAAAUUUGUAAUGGGUUGAGACCAAAGUCUAAUUAUAGAAUUCCUCAAUUAAUUUUUGACAUGAUUAAUCAAUGUUGGGAUGCAGACCCUUUAAAACGACCUAAUGCAGUUGAAUUAAAUAAUUUAUUUCUUGAUUUAUGGAAAGAUAUCGCUUACAAGAAAAUGGAUUCUGUAAUUUAUGGGCAAGUUAAAGAAGCAGAUGAUAUUAAUAAAAAGUUAUCUUUUUCAUCACCUUUGAUAUCCACUGGUACUAUAUCAUAUAAAACACAUCCUCAAGCGGUUUAUACAAGUAGACUUUUAGAUUUUAAUAAUCUUCCAGAACAAAAAAAUGCCGAUAAUAAUAAUGAUUUACUUGGAAUAGAAUAUUCAGAUUCCUUAAAAAUGGAUUUUACUGAACUUGAUAUUAAUUCUAAAGAUGAAAGUAAUUAAACUUGGAUUACUUAAAAUUAAAAUUGGAGUCCUGCGCAAAAGUUCAUAUUUUUAAAUCCGAUCCGGUUCCAAUAUCUUCGUGUUUAUUUAUUAAAAAAUUUUGUAUUUACUAUUAAGAUAUAUUUUUGUACUGUAUUUAUUUGUUAAUAAAGUUAUUUAUAUUAUUUAUUACUAUUUAUUAAAAUA